UCUCCUCUGGCAGAACUGAACAGCACUGAUCUGAAAGGAUGUGUAAGCGAGAACAGUUUGAGCAGCAAUGCCAGCCUGCCCAGUGUACAAAGCUGCCGCAAACUCGGCGAGCGCAGGGUGGCCAGUUGGGCUGUGUCGUUCGAAAGGCUUCUUCAGGAUCCAGUUGGCGUUCGGUAUUUUACGGAGUUUUUGAAGAAAGAGUUCAGUGAGGAGAACAUUUUGUUCUGGCAAGCCUGUGAAUAUUUCAGUCGUGUUCCAGCCCAUGACAAAAAUGAGUUGUCUUACAGAGCCAGGGAAAUAUUUAACAAGUUUUUGAGCAGCAAGGCGACCACUCCGGUCAACAUUGACAGUCAGGCUCAGCUUGCUGAUGACAUUCUCAAUGCCCCACAUCCGGAUAUGUUCAAAGAGCAGCAGCUGCAGAUAUUUAACCUGAUGAAGUUUGAUAGCUACACUCGUUUCCUGAAGUCUCACUUGUACCAGGAAUGCAUGCUGGCUGAAGUGGAGGGGAGAUCCCUGCCAGAUCCCCAGGAGGUACCCAGCAGCCCAACCUCCAAACAUAGCGUGAGCUCAGAUCGUUCCAACAUCUCUACUCCUAAAAAGCAGUCCAGUAAAAAGACUAAGUCAGGGCGAUCUUUGAAUGAGGAAUCGGGAGGAGAGGAAGAUGGCGAUAAAAGGAAGAAGGGAACCUUCUUUUCCUGGUCCAGGAGUAAAAGCAUUGGGAAAUCACAAAAGAAGAAAGAAAAUGGGGAUGUUUCCAAUGACUCCACUUUUGUCAACGGGGGUCCUGGCAGGAGGCGCGAGUCGCAAGGUUCUGUGUCCUCUUCAGCAAGCCUAGAGAUGAUUAAUUGUGGAAGUAAUGGCAAUGCGCUGGAGUUUGAAUCGUCCAGAGUAUCGUCUUCUGAGAAAUCCCCUAAACACUGCUACAUUGCUCUGCCAGAUGGCUCGUCCUGUGCCAUGGUUGUGAAGGCUGGUUUCUCCAUUAAGGAAAUCCUGAGCGGCCUCUGUGAAAAGCAUGGCUUUAAUAUUGCUGCAGUGGAUCUGUUUUUAGUUGGCGGCAACAAGCCGCUUGUUCUCAGCCAAGACAGCAGCAUUCUGGAGUCCCGGGAUCUAAGAAUAGAAAAACGGACGUUGUUUCGAUUGGAUCUUGUACCAAUUAACAGAUCAGUGGGAUUGAAAGCCAAACCGACAAAGCCUGUGACUGAAGUCUUGCGUCCCGUUGUGGCUAAAUAUGGGCUGAACCUUCAUGAACUUGUUGCUCGACUUAGUGGGGAGCAGGAACCUCUAGACCUGGGUGUCCCUAUAUCCACCCUGGACGGCCAGAGAGUUGUAUUAGAGGAAAAGGAUGGUUGCAAAAUUAAAGACAAAGGAAAGACUCCUCUGAUGAAGUCAAACCCUGCAAUAUCCAGCUCCAGGAACUUCCCAUCUACGGUAGAAGAUCGGCCUCUUGUAAAGUCUUCCUCCAUUAGACUGAAAGGGGAAUUUGGGAAAGGAGCAAGAGAUUUUCGGCUACAGAAAAAAGACGAAGCAGUGCUAAGAGUGGGCAGAAAAAAGCAGCAUAAAAUUAAUCUGGAUGAAGCGGAAGCCUUUUUUGAGAUGAUUUCAAAAGCACAGAGUAAUCGGGCAGAAGACCAGCGUGGCCUCCUAAGGAAAGAAGACCUGGUCCUUCCAGAUUUUCUUAGAUUGUCACCUCCCAGUGAGACUUCUUCAGCUCCAGGAGCAGGACAGACUAGCAGAAAAAGGAUGGAGAAGAGCAGCAGCCUUGACAAAGGCGCAAAUGGUGCUUCCCGCGGGUUCCUAGGUACAAAACAAGACUUCACCCAAAAUGGUGCAGACAGGUCUGCCAAGUUCAGUGGAUCGGGGAAAAGAGACAAAGCCGAAAUGGUGCCACCUUCUGGAAGGAAGCCGUAUGUUCCGUUUAACCCUCCACUGUCUCCAAUCCCUCAUGUCCAGGACAUACAUAUCCCCAGCCGCGAGCGGCCUUCAAAAGACUUGUCUGCUGGGAACAUACAGACUGUCGAAGACGACAAUGUGGCGGAUCUCACCCUAGUGGCGGAAGGAGACAUUAGCAGCCCCAAUAGCACUUUACUUCCAAUGCCCCCAUCACCACCAUGCAACAUUAGUAAGCUGUCUGAAGCCAACUUUUCACCCCCUCCUCCCUGCACAGGCAGCCAAGAUAGUUCUGGAUGUCAGAAAUCAGGUACCAGGGACAAGAAGAAGAGUCUGUCACGGAGCACAGAGAGCUUCCGGGAGCAAUCUCUGGAUAGUUCCAAGGAGAAAAUUGCCAAGCAGUGUAACCCUUCAAGCUGUCUUCUGCCAGCCGGAAGAGUCAUUGACGUAGAUGGGGUGAAGCCGAGUACAAGGAGGAAUGGUUCCAGGGACGAUGUGGCCAAUCUAAGCUUUGAGGGGUACAUUUCCGAGCUAAAGACUUGCAAAGGCCGAAUGCGGACUGGGGUGUACAGGACAUCGGACUUACCAGCAAUGGUGACUGCAAAGACUGACAGGAACAAAGAA